UUUGUUCUCUGGGUGCAUAUUUGAUUCAAUAUAAUGAUAAUGUUCCCUUGUACAUAAAGCAUGAAGAUCUUUCUCAACUAACACAUGAUAGUCAAUGUCUCAAGAUCUCUGUUAUACAAAUGUGGAUUCUGUAAAUCACAGUCCAUUAAUUAAUUGAUUGUUUUAAAUUGAUGCAUAAUUUACUUUAUUUUAAUAACAAUAGGCAUAUAAAUGAGUUAACUGUGCGAUCGGGGAAUGCUUUUAUGUAUGAAUUUCUUGAGUUACAGUCCAUACAGAGAUCUAGGCAAUCACAUUUUGAAUCAAAAGAUUAUAUAAAGAAAUGGAUGCAGAAUUCCCAAAAAGAUGUUUACCUAGGAGCCUACUUAAAUGAUGCACAUUGGAAAAUUGUCGUUAUAUGUCUUAAGGACAGUUUCUUGCACAAUAAGUCCAACAACUACUUGAAAAAAAUUAUUAACAGGAAGCAGGAAAGUAGCUGAUACACUUUUCAAGCGUCAUCUCGAAGAAUUAUGACUUCAAACAUGAAUACAACAAGCGAAGAUCAUCGGGUGAAUUUGUACCGUGCCGCUCUAGAGGGAGACAUAAACUGUCUCUACACAGUGAUUCAGUUAAACCCGCAUGUUUUGGAGGAAAUAGAUUCAAUACCAUUUGUUCAAACUCCUUUGCAUGUUGCUGCAUCUGUUGAGAAUCUCCUUGUCGAGCAUCUCCAAUUUUCUAUUGAGAUUAUGAGAUUGAAACCUUCAUUUGCUGGGAAACUGAAUCCAGAAGGAUACACUCCCAUCCACCUUGCUCUACAACGCGGCCAUGAUAAAAUGGUUCUCCGCUUUAUAUCCAUCAACAAAGAUCUUGUUCGUGCCAAAGGGAAGGAAGGUUAUACUCCGCUGCACUUUGCAACUGAAAAAGGAAAAAUUGAUCUUUUGGCUGAAUUUCUUCGGGUUUGUCCAGAUUCCAUUGAAGAUGUGACAAUUAGAAACGAGACUGCGUUGCAUAUUGCAGUGAAACAUGGAAAUUACGAGGCUCUUCAAGUCCUACUUGGGUGGCUCAUGAGAACUUUCAAAACAGGUGCUAGGCAGUUAGAAAAAACAAUAUUGAACUGGAAAGAUGAAGAAGGCAAUACCAUUUUGCACGCAGCUUCGUCACGCCAAGAUGACUCAGGCGUACGGAUGGUUCGAUUGUUGGUAAAGACUAAGGUGGAUUUGAAGGCCAAGAAUUUUGAGGAAAGAUCAGCAUUUGACAUGGCUGAGCCUGAUGGAGAGAUCAGAAGUAUAUUAGUUGGGGCAAAUGCGAAUUCCUCCGUUACUGAUGUGGCCACCUAUGCAGAAUUAUUAAAAUCGAAAAUGACAUUUAUUGGGAGAAUAAGUAUCUUUAUAUCUCGCAUUAAAAGAGAUAUAACAGAAGACCAACGCAAUGCUUAUCUGAUUAUUGCAGCUCUUAUUGCAACCGCCACAUAUCAAUCAGUAUUGAGUCCCCCUGGUGGACUGUUUCAGGCUAGCGUUGGGGACAAUAUUGCAAACACUACUUCUCUCAAUUCUACAUCUAUAGCUAUCCCCAUGGAUUUAUUGGGGACAUCGAUUCUGACUGGACCUGAAUUCUUUUUUUUCUUGAUUUACUCUAUAAUUUCCUUUCUGGCUUCAACUAUGAUCAUCAUUAUUCUGACUCCAGCAGGGAUAGUGGACAGAAUGAUGUUGAUGUCAAUUUUUUGGUUUCUCAUCAGCUAUGUCUUUUCUUUGUUGUUGAUAUCACCUAUCCCUGUAAACCCACUUGUUGGUUUUGCUAUUGUGCUUUUAACAUUAUCAAUCUUCCUAUCUAUGAGGAAGUUGUUCCAGGUCUGGGAAGAAAGGAAAGGUUGUGGUAGAUAGAGUGUGGGAGGAAAUAGACGGUAGAUAUAGAAUUGCUGCAAAUUUGCUUGUACACUACGGGUCAUAUUUUUUUUUUUAAUCAUAGUUAACUAUGCGUCAGCGAUUGCAUUGUAUGUUGCAUUUGAUUGAAUGUAUGUAUUUUAACUAUGGUUUAGAAGUAAAUUGUUUGUUCCUA